AUGAUCGUAGACGGGCAGCUCGCCAUCUUCACCAACAUGCUGGGCAUGUCACUCUUCCUGCUUGACAUUCCCUACCACUACAUGGCAGUCAACAACCCCAAAAAGCAGGAGUGA